AGUGAUAGAACACUGUUGAACCUAUAUUCCAACGUUGACCAUAAUCCACCCGCGGUCUCGGACUCCUAAUACUAGAACACAGGUUGCGUGGCUGCAUGUUUGCGAAUAGGUUUACUCAUUUGUAUUACCUGUGACCAGCGGUUAUUUGCAGCCCAUAUGGCUGGCGCUAGCCUCGAGGAUGUUUACCUUUUACGCCCUCUCAACGAGCAGCCACCAACAACUGAAGACAAGCGGCACAGCAAGGAGCUGGAGGAGUUCUUACGAGCCAGCGGCCUUUACGAGUCCUUAGACGAGGCUUACUUGCGUGAAGAGGUCCUUGGGCUCUUUUACCAAUUGGUACAGAACUGGGUGAAGGGUGUAUGUCGAAAGAAGAACUUCAGCGUUGAGGAUGCGCGAGCACACGUUUACACCUUCGGUUCCUAUCGCCUGGGGGUCCAUGGACCAGGCGCUGACAUGGACACCCUGGUGGUCGGACCCCGGUACGUCCUGCGCGAGACGGACUUUUUUGGAGGCGAGAAGCACUGCCUACAAUAUCUCCUAACGCAAACGCCGGACGUUACGGACAUCCAACCCGUGCCGGACGCUUUCGUGCCCAUGAUUGGCAUCAAGUACAAGGGCGUCCAAAUCGACAUCCUAUACGCCUCCCUCGCCAUGCACACCCUACCAGAAACCCUCGACCUCUCCAACCACGCCGUCCUGCGCGGCUGCGACGAGCCCACCGUCCGCGCGCUUAACGGCUGUCGUGUCACCGACACGCUCCUCCGCCUGGUGCCGCGCCAAGACGUCUUCCGCCUGGCCCUGCGCGCCGCCAAGCACUGGGCCUCCCUGCGCGGCAUCUCCUCCAACGUCACCGGCUACCUGGGCGGAGUCAACCUCGCCAUCAUGGUCGCCAAGAUCUGCCAGCUCUACCCGCGCGCCGAGGCCAGCACCGUGCUGCUCAAGUUCUUCAUCCUGCUCAAGGCCUGGCCCUGGCCGCGUGCCAUCCACCUGCGGGUACCCGAGGAGCACAGCCUGGGGCUGCCGGUGUGGGACCCGCGACCCGGCACGCGGGACAGCCUGGCGCUCAUGCCCGUCAUCACGCCCGCCUACCCCGCCAUGAACUCCCUGUACAACGUGCAGCGCAGCACGCUGGAGGUCAUGACGGCGGAGUUUGCCGGCGCGGCGGAGGUGUGCACGUCCUUCCUGCGUUGCCGGGGCGGGCAGGCCAUGGACUGGGUGAGGCUGUUCGCGCCGGUGCCGUUCUUCAGCCAGCACACCUUUUACAUCCAGUUGGAGGUGUCUGCAGACAGUGAGGCGGAUUUGGUGCUGUGGGACGGCUGGGUGAGCAGUCGCAUUCGGCGGCUGGUACGAAACCUGGAGGACCAUGUGCGGGUCAGGCCCUACCCCAAGCCGCAGCGGCCACCCCAGCCAUCGCCUCCCCCCGCUCUCCCCAGCAAAGACCCCGACGCCAAGCCGCUCGCUGCCCUCGAGGCCCCGCCCUCCUCAGCUCCCGACGCCACCGCCGCGGUUGCCACCGCUGAGUCCCGCCCGCGCCUGAUGUACUACAUCGGCAUCGACAAGCGCGUGGCUCCCGCGGUGACAGCUCAGCAGCUGCUGCCCAACGGACAGCUGGCGCAGCUGCCGCCCCAUGCGGCGGGGGCGGCGGCGGGUGCGCCUGCGGGGAAGGUGGACUUGAAGCAGCCCUGCAUGAUUUUCGUGAACGAGGUAACCGCCUGGCCCGCCAAGCGCUCCGGCAUGGAGCUUAGGGUUAAUGUAUUGCGUCGGGCGCAGCUGCCGCAGUGGCUACUGCUAGAGGCAGCGCAGCAGCAGCAGCAACAGGUGCAGCAGCAGGAGGCACCAGCCGCGUUGCCAGCGGCCCAGACGGAGCUGCAACAGCAGCAGCAGCAGGGCACGAAGCGCGUCGCGUCUGCUGAAGGCUCGUUGUCAGCGCUGUCGGCGGAUACAGCGGCAGCGACCUUCGGCGGUGGGAAGCCGCCACGGGCAGCGGAGGGGCGGCAGCCGCUGCAGCAGCCGCUUGCUAAGCGACCCAGGACGGACCAGGUCCUGCCUCGAGCCCUGCCCAACCGCGACGGCAGCUUUCCGCCACACUCUCGUUCACCCUCUCCGCUGCUCCUGCCGCCCGACGGUCAAGCCCUCGCCAGCAGCACUACCGCCACCACCACCACCGCAGAGAACGGCGCCCCUGUGGAGCCGCAAUCAGCGACCACUGCUGCUGCCGCUGCCGCGGACGCUGGGCAGCAGCCUCAGCCGGAGCAGGUGGGGUCGGUGGCGGAGGCCAGCAGGGAGCAGCAGCUGCAGCAGGCGGCCUGCGUGGCGGAUGAGCGCGCGGCGCUGCAGGAGUCGCAGCUGCACAACACGGGGAGGGACAUGGGCGACUGGCUGGGGGUGGACCACGGGCUGUGCUUAGCGGCGCGGGAGGAUGCAGCUGGGGCGUCUGGGUAACGAUACCUUGCGUUCCUUUUGACAGCCGUAUUCUAGGAUUGGGCGGUAAGUGCCAGAAGACGGCGACAUACCGGAUUGCGCACUUGCCAGCAAUCGGGAGUGACAUGAGAUGAAGUGAGCGAAGAGCGAACCCGAGAGCAGCAUGACAGCAGGAGUGGCCUACUAUGAGGGUAACGACAUUGGCAGGUACGAUAGCUGGGGUAAUGGCAUUAGCGGGUGGUAUCUAGAAGCUGCGUAGGAGGGCUUUAUAAGGGUGGGGUUCGGGUGGCACCAGCAAUGCCCACUCGCGCAGGCGCACUGCCGGGGCAACGAGCGCUCUGGCUGGCGCGAGGGCUCAGGACAGCAGCGGUCACCGGGGCGCUGGAGGAGGGAACCGGGGAGGGGUGCAGUGGCACACGGGUGGGAUGGCUUGGAUAUGGAUAUUGGGUAUGCGGUCUACGGUACAGGAGUGGUAGGACGCCUUUCACCAGCAGGGCAAUGUCCCGGUCGUAAACGUUAUGACGCGGCCGGUCAUCUGCGCUAGGUUAAGAAGGACGGUUGUGUAUUAGUGUGGAUGAGAUUGUGAGCGUUCGAGGCCUGGGCUGCGGCAGUCUGCACGAGGUGACUAGCGGUCUGUAGACGCCUACCUGGUGCCAUUGUUGGCAUACACAGACAUGCAUGUAACGGCCAGGACAUGAA